CUCAUAAAAUAACAUAGACCUCAUAAAUUUAUAUUAAUUUUUUACUAUUUUAUACCAGUUGGAUAUUUGUUAGAAAUAUGGAAUGAAUAUAUUGUAUACUAUGGCCUUGUUUUAUAAAUAUAUACCAGUUGAAAAAAAAAGAAUAUAUGGAAUGGAAAUAUUCUGAAACUCCCUCUCUCUCUCUCUCUCUCUAUUAAAAGAGUCUCUCCUCUUCUCUCUCUGUCUCUCUCGCUCCUCAUGAUCGAAAUUUUUUAUAUUUAGAAAUGGUAUGUGAUAGUUACAGAUACACGUUAAACGUGUGUAGUAUAAUCUAUCUAUAUUGAUGGAGACAAUAACCAUUAGAAUCUGACCUAUGGAUCUCAUUUCCUCUUGAGAUACUUUUCUCUCUCUCUCAGUUUUUUCCGUCUCCCAGAUCUGCUUACCAUUGGAAAGCUUCAAGCUAUUUGUUACAGGUUUUUUCGUGUGUGUGUGUGUGGACUGUGGAUAACCAGUAUAAUAGGACUAAUUAGCAGAUGCUCAUGUAGCUAAUUUCUUGUUGGAAGGUCAGUGUUGAUCCUGUUUGAUUUUGACGUAUUCAUCUCAGUUUUACCGUUUCUGUGUAUGCCGUGUGUUCGCAUUUUUGAUAGGGACGAACGAACCACAGAAUAAAAGAGUUAGAUCAUCGACCAAGGUGCCAUGUACUUCUUUGGUUUGUCCAAAGAGGAAGUGUUGUCACAGAAACAACAUGUUGCAUCACAUAAAGAGACUUUAAAGCAGAAUCCAAUGAGUACAGUCACUCUGUUUGGGAGACAGGUGUUUCCGGUUAAAAGCUCACCUAAGCUGCUGAUGAGAGAUAUCGAUCUUCGUCUUCCUGCAGAUCACUACGCUUAUAAUACCACUGUAGAUAUGGGAUUUCAUUCAGAGUUUGAAGCUAACAAGGAGAAAGAUGCAGCACUAGCCACAACUUGGAGUGGCAAGAGAGACCCAAAAAUUAUUAUUGACCUUGAGGAGCCUCCCACAACAGAGCAGGCAGAUUCUGUUAGCUAUGAACCGUCAUUCUUGGCUGAUGGGAUCAGCUCAAACAUAGUGGAUAUGGAGUCAGGUUUACUGGACCUUAACAGAACCCCACCGGAUGAUGAGUUAGUCUCCGAGCCUCAUUACUCUUUCUUACAAGACCUGAACUGUCCGUACAUUGAAGAGAAAGAAACUAGCUGCGAGAAGAGCGGAGUAGAUGAUGAUCCUACUACGCCUCUUUGCUCUUCUAAAUGCCAAAACGUCCAUGAAAAAGAGGGUACAGCAUCUCCAGCUUCAUAUACUUCUUGCUGCACCACUGAAAACAACUUAAGAACUCAAACACUGGAUCCUUCUUGCUGUACACGGCUUGAGUUUCCUGCUACGGAAGUCUUACCGGAGAACGAACGUUGUAACGAGGAGGAAGAGUUCUCUGAAGCUAUUCAAACGGCAGCUGAAUCAUUAGUCCACAUAUCAGCAGUUUCAUGUCAAGUGAGAACCAAUAGCUCAUCUCAAGAUCAAGAUUUGGAAUGUUGUUCAUGCGAUUCAUAUGAGCUACACACAUUAGGUCUAAGUGAAACCAACAUGGAAGAAGACUUAUGUGUGUCAUCAAUGGCUCUAGAUGAGAUCAAUAACAUGAAAAGAGAUAACAACAAAGAGAUUGGACUCAAGCUGAGAAGAGGGAGGAGAAUGAAGAACUUCCAGAAGGAGAUACUCCCGAGCUUAACUUCUCUCUCUAGGCACGAGAUACGCGAAGACAUUAACAUCUUGGAAGCAGUUUUGAGAUCAAGAGAGUACAAGAAGAUGCAGGGGAAAGCUAAAGAUGUCAAAUUAGGAGCAAACCAGAGAAACAAACGUCCAGUUUCACAGAGGUACGUUGGUAAAAGAAGGCGAAAACAUGAAUGAUUGCUCCAUUGUGUAAUGUUUUAAAAGUCUAUGUUGUUCAAGUAUUUUUAUUUAGAUUAUGGCAUUGAUUAUGGAUAAGAAGUUAUAGAUAGUAAGCUGAUGACAUUCUCAUUCUCUCUCAAAAUGUUACUUAAAGGGUCUACUGGUGUCAGACCUGACUGCUGUUGUGCAUUAACGAUUUGUUAGGGGUCAACUGAAAUGUUCUUGUUGGAAUCUUGGAACACAGUUUGUAUUCAACAACUUUAACUGA